CCCGUCACCCCCUCCUCGCACCGGCACCCACCCCCUCGGCAUUGCAACCAUGAACCCGGCCAUGAACAACCUCGUCAUCUCCCUCGCCGCCAUGCAAGUGGCGAAGAGGGUGCCGUUCGAGGACCCGCAGGUGCUCAUCUACGUGCGCAUUGCGUACGUCGCGACCCAGGCCGUCGUCCUUGCGGUGUACUACUACGUCGCGCAACAGAUCCGGAAGAAGAACGACCAGACGGUGCUCAAGUAUGUCGAGCCUAAUGCGAUGAACAAAGACGGGGGCAAGCUGGUCACGACGACGGUGCGCGACUACGACCUGGGCGAGGUCUCGAAGCUCGUGCGCGCGGUGUACAUGGGUCUCGCGAUGAUGGCGUUCAUGCAUCUCUACCUCAACUACACCCAGCCGUUGUUCAUCCAGGCACUCAUGGGUCUGAAGACGCUCUACGACGCGAAGCCGGUCUCGAUCCACCUGCUCGGCAAGCCCGCCGAGGGCGACCUCAAGCGGCCAUUCAAGGUCGGCGGCAUGUUCGGUGCCGCGUCGGACCCGCAGACGGACAAGGCCGCGAUCGACGAGGCCGAGAAGCGGAUCGGGAAGAAGGACGACUAGAGCGUCGUGUCUGUCGUCUGCCGCUUGUGUCAUCAGGCGCGCCAGUUGGGAGCGGGGGUGUGUACGGUACGGUACGAUAUGGAGCGGAAUGGGACGGCGGCGGCGCGUCCGCUCUGACUAUCCUGGUGUUCAUUAUUUGCCGCGCGUCCGCCGGAGGGGCGCUGCAAAAACAUAUCCUUGGUUAAUACGUUCGGCUCA